AUGGAGAAUUUAUUUUUGUACUGAUAGACCAAUUAAAAAUAAUAACACUUCAGCCUUUUAUUCACUCCAAGCCGUAAUGCAAAAAACCAGAUCAAGAGGCAAAACGGACAUCAAAAUUAUAGGAGGAAUCACAUGGACGAAUUUGCUGGGCAUCAACUUUUUUGAAAAUCCUUUUUUUUGUUUAUUUUUUUUUAAACGGAAAUAUAUUUAUCGGCACUGUGGCAUGAAAACUUGGAAAUUUUUAAUGUAUUUUGUAAAAAUUACUACCUAUCUGAAAUAUUACGAAAUAUCAAAAUAUAUCUUAUAAAUUUUCAAUUAAAAGUAUACGUCUUGACAGCAAAAAUAGUGGGAUUUUCUAACUCUUUUUUGGGUAACCGACAAAAAUCUUCAGAAUAAAAAUGAUUAUAAUUUCAAUAAUUAACGAAUUUUUUCGGUAAGUUAGUGACCAAAAUAAAGUAGCCGCUAUAUUCUAGAAUACAGGUGGUCACAUCGACAUCGCUACUUGGACAAUGAACUGUCAAACCGAUUUUGGAAUUAACAAUUUUGAAUGAAAAAUAAUAGGAAUUUUUAAAUAUCGUUUAAAAUUCAUAUCAGAACAGCGUCCCAUUUGCGUCGUAUAAGAAAACAUAUAAAAAUCUUCUUAUGUUUGACAAAACAUUUUAAAAAUUUUUGACAUAUCAAUGUUCCCAAGCGUUGGUGCAUCUACCUGCAUUCUUCUACCAUGGUCCUACCCAUAGCAACAGUGCUGUGAACAUUUAUUUAUUUUAUAUAUAUAUAUUUUGCGUUUUAAUAUCUUAAAGAGAAUCGCCCUACAGAUAGGCUUGCUAUGUCGUCUGAUGAAUGCAAAUCGAUUGUACGCAACAACAAAUUGCGAUUGCUCGAAAUGUUCUGGUUUUGUUCAAUUGAAGUUCGAAAUAGUACAUUUUGUACUGUAUGAAAUAAAUUAUUUUAAAACUAAAUACGUGUACAGUACCGGAAACAUACUGUGCCAUACAGUACUCCGUUCGAUGUAUUAAAAUACAACCAUGCAUGCAAGAAGAAGCGAAGCAACGGUAACAAAUAUUUUCAGAUAGUUUUGUUAUCGAAAAUUCCAACAACCCCUGUUUGGCCAAAAGUUUGUGCAAGUUUUCAAGUUGUGCUAGAGGAAUUCAUUUCGUAGAAAUAAAAUGUUUCAAGAACUUCAUUGUCUUAUAGUUAAUACAUUGCAAGAGAAUCGGUGAAGCUGUGUCCGGUUAAGCAAGCUGAAAAAAUUCGGAUACCCCCCAGAAAGAACCUAACUAACCCAAUAGAAUUUAGUGUAAUAGACAUACGGACGGACGGACGGUGAAAAAAUCGAUAAAAUCAAGGGUGGUUAUCCAGCAGCCGGAGGAGGUUUCGAAAGGAAUAUACUAUGAACCCAUAAUCAGAAUCUGAUUUGUUGAAAGAAAACAGGAAAAAACAGGGCCAUAAAAAUGUCCGAAAACUUGGAGUUGCGUCAAUUUGUGGACGGACCCAUCGUUCCGAUAGUCUCCAAUCGUUGGUUCGUACGCAUGAAGAAUAAACUAAAUUGUCCCUAUUUGGGCAUCAUUCUGGCCACAUUGUCUUCGUUAUUCUUCUCCCUCUGUUCUGUGAUAGUAAAGGGGCUUGUGGAUGUAAAUCCCAUGGAAUUAGCUUCCUUUAGGUUUAUUGGCGUCCUCUUACCGGCCAUACCCAUAUUAGUUUACACCAAGCAACCAGUAUUCCCGGAAGGCAAACGCGUCAUACUCUUGCUUCGAUGUUUUAUGGGCACCACGGGUCUGAUGUUAAGUUUUUAUGCUUUUCGAAACAUGCCUUUAGCGGAUGCCAGCGUUAUAAUAUUCUCCACACCGGUGUUUGUGGCCAUAUUUGCCCGAGUGUUUCUGAAGGAGCAAUGCAGUUUUUUCAACAUAGUUACUAUCGUACUGACACUGGUGGGAGUGGUGUUGAUUACACGGCCGCCAUUUGUCUUCGGCGAUUCACCAGCAGCCUUGGAGGCGGAACGGUAUGAGGGAAAACACUAUGAUAUUUGGGGUCCAGUUGCAGCCAUAUCAUCCACACUGUUUGGUGCCAAUGUAUACAUAUUACUAAGGGCCCUAAAAGGCCUACACUUUUCAGUCAUUAUGACCAACUUUGGGGCCUUUGCUCUCAUAUACACAUUAAUCGUCUGCGGAUCGAUUGGAGCCAUUUGCUGGCCGGCUUGCGGCCGCGACCGAUGGUUGGUCGUCGUCUUGGGCAUUUUUAGUUUCUUGGGUCAAAUCCUUUUGACCGUGUCGCUACAACUUGAGCAAGCGGGACCCGUUGCAAUUGCUCGUUGUGCAGAUAUUGUAUUCGCCUUUAUUUGGCAAAUGAUGUUCUUCGGCGAGACGCCUACUGGCUAUUCACUGCUGGGGGCUUUCCUAGUUGUAAGUUCGGUUAUAUUGACAGCUCUUAAGAAGUGGGCGCUGUCACUACCCCGAGAAUCUACAGUAAGGAAACGACUGCGUUUUUUAAUCUUCGAUUAAGUAGAAACAAAAACCCCAACCUAUCCAUAAUGACACAUUAACCAUUUCCAACUUAACCAAUUAAGCGCAUUGUGGUUUCUCUCAUCUCUUGUAGUUAUUAAUAGCAAAUUAAUAAAACCAUAUGAUAAAAAAAA